AUGGCCCUCCCAUCAUCCUGCUGCGUCCUCGUUGCCGGCAGUGGCAAUGCUGGUUUCUCUGCCGCCGUCGCUGCCAAAGAGGGUGGCGCAAAACAUGUGAUUCUCAUUGACAAGGCCCCCGAGAACUGGGCCGGCGGCAACACGUACUUCACUGCUGGUGCUUAUCGUACAGUACACCAUGGCGCGGACGACCUACUACCUUUGGUCAAUAAUGUCGACGAGGCCACCGCCAAACGGAUCGACAUGGAACCGUACACGGAACGGGACUUUGCCAACGAUAUGCAGCGGGUAUGCGCCGGUAGAUCAGAUCCAGCCCUAAGCAAGGUCCUGAUCCAGGACUCGAAUUCCGCCAUUAAGUGGCUGAAAAAACAAGGUAUUCGAUUUCAGCUUUCGUUCAAUCGCCAGGCCUACGAAGUGGACGGCCGUCUCAAGUUCUGGGGAGGUCUUGCUCUCAAAACCGAGGACGGCGGCAAAGGGCUAAUUGCCGACCACAAAUCCAACGCCCGUCGGCACGGUGUACAGUGCUACUACUCGACGGCGCUAGAGCGACUGUUUACGAACCCCCAGACGGGCGCGGUAGAGGCCGUGAUGGUCCGAUCUAAUGGAAAGGAGGUCAUGAUCAAGACGGGCGCCGUGAUUGUCGCCGCCGGUGGCUUCGAGAGCAAUCCUCGUCUGCGAGCUCAGCUUUUAGGCCCUAGCUGGGAUCUCGCCAAGGUGCGCGGGACCCCCUACAACACCGGGGACGUCCUGGAAACGGUCAUUCGCGACGUCAAGGCUAAGCAAGCGGGUAACUGGUCCGGAUGUCACUCGGUCGCGUGGGAUGCCAACGCGCCCGCCCACGCGGGCGACCAGGUGGCCUCCAACGAAUUCACCAAAUCUGGCUAUCCACUCGGCCUUAUGUUCAACACCAAGGGGGAGCGAUUCGUUGACGAAGGAAUAGACCUGCGUAAUUAUACCUACGCAAAAUUCGGACGAGCUAUCCUCCAACAGCCGAAUCAGUCGGCCUUCCAGAUCUGGGAUCAACGGACGAUCCCAUGGUUGCGGUCAGAAGAGUACCGUCCCGAGCGUGUUCGGCAGAUGAUGGCCAACUCUAUCCCCGAGUUAGCUGAGAAACUCGCCGGAGUUGGUCUCGAGAACCAGCAGGCGUUUAUCGACAAUAUAUACCAGUACAACCAGGCCGUGUACGCCUUUCAGAAAGAGAAUCCAAACAAGAAGUGGGAUCCAUCGAUUCGCGACGGCAACUCGACGCAGUCCAGGGCCAUGAAGCUGCCCCUGGGCAAGACUAACUGGGCACUACCUGUCGAUAAGGGCCCCUUCAUGGCCGUCCACGUCACCUGCGGCAUCACGUUCACUUUUGGUGGCAUUGCCGUGAACCCACAGACGGCGGGCGUCAUCUCUUCGAUCACAGAUAAGGAAAUCGGAAACCUAUUCUGCUGUGGCGAGAUGAUGGGCGGCCUUUUCUUCGAGAACUACCCCGGCGGUAGCGGGCUGACCUCAGGCACAGUCUUCGGACGACGAGCGGGCGCUGCGGCGGCAAAGGCUGUAAGCCAGUCUGGCCAGGUUCAAUCGAGGUUGUAA